GCGUGUUUGGGGCAGCCGACGAGACGAUGGGCAUCGUGCGCUGCGUCUUCUGCCAGAGGGACAAGCGGAUCUCGGGGGUCGGGGAGACCGACGUCCGCGACAUGCGCUUCUGCUGCCAGCCCUCGUGCUUCAAGGCCUACCACAGCCGCGGCAACUUCGUGGACCUCCGCCACCGCGAACUCGUGGCACCGCAUGUGAUCAUGGCCGACAUGGCCAAGGAGCGCCGAGAAGCCUUGGGCAUCGACGAGCCGCGUGCGCCGUCGACCGCGCCCAUUAUGGCGCCGCCGGUGGUGACUGCGCCGGCGACGGCCUACGUGCCUAUCGCGCCCGAGCCCCAGUAUGCAGUCGAUGCGUCCGGUCGUGUUAUUGGGCGAAAUCGUCAUGUUGUCGACGAGCCAUUCAUCUCGGGCGGCCCCAUGUACCAGUCGCGCCACUUGUCUUCGAUGGGUGACUUUGCCAAGCGCGAUGGUCCGCCGACCAACGCCCCGCCGCCGCUCUGGAAGCAGCGGACAUACGUCGCAUCCCUGGACCGGUUUCGACGCAGCCUCGAGACCGACGACGAGCAUGUGUUGCGCAUCGACUUGACGCCAGCGUACUCAAGCAAGCCUCAUGGCCGUGUGGAGGACGCCGAGAUGGACUGUCUCCUGCGCUGCCUCGAAGGGACGUCGUCGCUCACGGUCCUCAAAGGCCUCGUGUCAGGUCUCAACAUUGAGCUCUGGACCGUCAUCAACUUUCUCGACAGCUGCUCCCCGAACCUCCACUGGUCGUUCUCGCACUUCAAGCUCUACAAGUCGACGGAGCUUCCGCCGAAAGGGUCGACGUCCCCACUGUACUACGCCGGCGACAUUCAGCUCUCGAUCGUCGAGUUUCGCAAGUACAUCAUUGCGACGCAGCGCGCGCCGCCCUCCGUGGUCCACGUUGUCGACGUCAACAACAAGUCGUGGUCCAUUGGCCUCCACGAAGUGCUUGCGCUCAGUGGCCUCAACCUCGACCUGUUCUGCGGCGAGAUGGCGUCGGAUCUGAGUCGGCAGUUUGCGUGGCCCAACAUUUUGCCGGGUGGCGCAGACUGCUAUCUGCAGAACCUCCCGGCGUCGUAUCGCCACGAACGCUUCGCUCCGCGCAUGUACUGCAGCUUUGCGGGCCACCGGUCUGCGCUCUUCCAGGCGGGCAACGGCUCGACCGACAUUGCGUACCAAGUGCUCCACGGCGAGCUCGAGCUCAUUGUGUUUGAUCAAUACCCGCCGUCCGCGUGCCUCCGCCUCCUCGACUUCCUCGACCGGAUGGGCUACCAGCCCCAUCGGCGCGCCGAGAUGCUCGACAAGUACCUCGACAACCUCCAUAAGUUGGGGUACACCUCGCGCAAGGUGCGGCUGCAGCCCGGCGAGUACCUCCACAUCAACCGCGGUCGACUGCACAUGUGGCGCAGCGUCCACGAUCCGGACACGGCCCAGCGCGGCUUCUCGAUGUUUCUGAGUUGGGAGUGGGCGUACCAAGGCGUCACGGGUGGCGGCAUCGCCGACUCGAUCGCGUACUCGCUGCAACGCCUCCAGCGACCCAGCACCGAGGCGCGGCCCAUGUCGUACGUGUGGGACCCGCGGCCGUGCGUCCUCGAAGCGGUCCGGCGUCUCGUCGCUGCCGUGCGGUCAGGCCGCCGGUCGCCUGCGACCAUGUUGCGACUUGCGUCGCUGCGCAGUGCCUUCAAAGCAAUCCUCCAAGAGGAGCAACGCAUGCAGAGCGACGGCGACGAUUCGUGGUUUGUCCACGAACGUCACAGCGACAGCCACGUCACGCACAAUGUCGACCUCCACGCCCGCCCCGACCAGCUCCUCUGCACCCUCUGCCGGAUGGAGCUUGGCAACAGCUACAAGCAGUGCCUCGGGUGCAUGAUUUUGGCCAAAACGCCGGCGAGCGGCGUGCCACUCCCGCCGUUCAAGCUCUGCAUGAGCUGCUUUGUCGCGGACGCCGACCACCACGUGACGUUCGAGCACCACAACGGCCUCCGGUCGGGCUUUGGCCACACGGGCGCGCUUCUGCACUCGAAGCAGUACCGCACCAACCCGCAUGCGGUCGAGUGCAACUGCAAUGGCGGUAGCAAGCUCUGUCCGGUCUGCGACGGCUGCGACGCGUGCGCGUGCAUUUGCCACACGAUGUUUCAGACGCGGUACCGCGCGUUGCGACCAGACGAGCUUGUGCAGCUCUACGGCGCCGUCUCGACCCUUCUGCAAGCCAACACGAGCACGCUCCCGAUGAGCACGGUAGCGCGGCUCAACUAAGUGAUCCGUGGAUGAUCUUUUUGCAUUUGCUAUAUGCGAGUGUUGCGUCGUGGGCCGGGCGGUGGGGACGCCACAUCCCUUCUCCUUCGCAUGGACACGCGUCGUUGCACAUCGUCCUACUCCUGUGUCAAGAGUCAGAAGGUGGCGCUACUUCCUGCAAUGUCUAAGAACUGAUUUGAGAUGGCCGUGACGUGGCGGCACGAGGACGCGUUGGUACAUGUAGAUAGAACCAGAAACCUGCAGGAUUAUU